AAAGCGCGAUUCAAGUGAAAAUGGCGGCUCAGGUUGAGGAGCAGCAGCAACCAAAGGACUUGGAGGAGGGAAAACCCCCGUCAGGUCGGGGGUGGCGGGAGGGUGCGGCGCGUUGGGCAGUGCUGCUGGCCGUGACGGGUCUGGUGGCGAGCGUGGCGGCGCAGGAGUUCACCGUGCAGCAGCACUACAACGCGUUCGGCAACCUGGCCGCCAUCAGGGAAGACGCUGCCGCCGCCAACCAGACCAUCCCGUACAAAGACCUGGCCAUUUUCGUCACCAAGUGGGCCCUGCCGCCCUACGUUGCCUCCCUCGUCGCCCUCGUUGCUGUCCUGCCUAUCCUCUGGAUCAUCGAGAUAAAGGGCGUGAGGGUGGUUGUUCUGGCUCUGGGCCUUGCAGCCUCGGCAGGCGUGUUACUGAAGGUGGCUGCGAACUUUCUGGACCUAUCCAACCUGACUAUCCACACGGGUCAAACGCUGAUCAACCUGAGCCGCUUUGCCCUGCUGCCCGUUUCUCACAGGCUCUGCGUCGCCUGGUUCGGACCGAAAUGCAUCUCGCUCAUCUGCUCUGUCGUCUUCUUCUGCGACACCGUAACUUGUCAAUUAAUUUUUUAUUCUUUAAAUUAUUUACCUUUUCCCAAGUUUGGAAUUUUACUCGGCUUCAUGACGCCGCACCUGAUGCUGUGGACGUACGACAACAACUUUUCGCAAUUCACGACCCACAUCGUGUAUCCGUUCCUUUUCAUGUCGAUGCUGCCGAUUGCCUUCUCCCUCGGCGCCUUUUUCAUCAACGGUGAGCCAAAAGAAGCGCCGAGUGCCGCGGAGAAGAUGCGCCGCAAUUUGGAGAAGCCAGACCGGUCGUUUGUGGGUUUUGUCAAGCGCCUGCACGCGCUCUUUGCGGGCGACACCAACCUGCUGAUGAAUGCAAUCGGCUUCGGAAUUGCCUAUGGCAUCGUCAUGAUGAUGUUUCACCCCAUCAGGCUGACGGUGCUGUUCAAGAUCCACGAGCACUCUGAGGACCUGGACCUGCCGGUGUCGGUGGUGAUCGCGGCGUGCGGCUGCCUGGGCGCCGUUGUGUCCGGACUGGUGCUCGACUACACGCGGCGCCACCAGCUGCUCGGACAGUGCUCCUACUCGGGCCUGUUCGCCUUCCACAUCGCCCUCGUCAUCAGCGUCUACUCCCGAUCAGAGUUCUUCAUCUUCUUUUCCUACGGCAGUGUCAGGAGUUUUUUCUUCUCUGCUUACGUGCCGGCGGCGUUGGAGUACGCGGCGGAACGGAGCUACCCUGGUUUGGAGAGCAGCACGAGCGGCGUGAUGCUGGCGACGGGAUACCUGGUGGCCGGCGUGUUCACCGCUUGCUUCGGCACGCAUUUUGCCGACCACAACGACGCCACGCUGACCGGCUACAUCGCCUCGGCCCUGCUGCUCGUCGGGCUUGUCUUCUCCGCCGGCAUCGAAGAAUCCUUCCUCAGGAGACACCGCGCCGACCGCCAGAACUCGGAUUGA